AUGUAUAGUUUCCUCCCUCCGCCUCCUCCGCGCUAUUCGACUCCCCUUGCGUAUGCGGCGGGCACCGAGAACGGGCUUCCUGUGGUCUUGACGGAGACGACCAAUGUCGUCAAGCAUCCCGAGGGCGGAUGCCCCUUGCAACUGGGUGAAGGCAUCUACGAGCUUCGCGACGAUGUCCAUCUUGCGACGCCUCCGCCGCACCCCUCCGAACCGAUCCAGAUGAACCCCAAUCCACUGUCGACCGCGCCGACGCCGCCCACAUCUGGCGUCAAAGUGACGCCUGUGAUACUUAAAACGGUCAACGAUCCCCCCGCCCUCGCUAGGACCAGUACGCGGGAGAGUUCGGGCUCGGGUCGUCGCAUGCGACGCUCGAAAGAGAAGGCAUCGGAAAAUGGGGGCGCGAACUUCGGCGAUUCCAAGGACACGUCUGGGUUGAAGCGGCGGAAGCCGAAGAACAGCAUCGUCAAGAGCACGUCGACGUUUGUCUCGCGCGCGAUCACCAACGACUAUGCGCUCAAGAAGCUGACGGAUAGGAACCCCGAGGGCCUUUUUGUGUUUGCGAAUAUCAAUCGCGCUUUCCAGUGGCUGGAUUUCAGCGCCAAACACAAACAGGACCCCAUCGCAAAAAUCCUCUUUACAAAGGCGCAGAUUAUGUGCCACGAUGUGAACGAACUGACGAAGAGCGUUUCGCAUCUGGAUGUGAUCGUUGGGUUCUCCACGGGUGACAUUCUGUGGUAUGAUCCGCUGUCGCAGAGAUAUGCGCGAUUGAAUAAGAACUCCUGCAUCAAUCCUACGCCCGUGACGCAUAUAAAAUGGAUCCCGGGCUCCGAGAAUAUGUUUAUGGCGGCGCAUGCCAAUGGAUGUCUGGUGAUUUAUGACAAGGAGAGGGAAGAGACGCAAUUUGUCGCUGAGGGAUUGGUGGAUAACAUAGGCCAAGCGGAAGAAUCAGGUGGAUUUCCCGAGCCUAUGAUCAAGAUUCUGAAAUCGAUCAACUCACCGAAUCAAAAAUUUAACCCUGUCGGGUGCUGGAAUGUCUCGAACCACCAGGUUAACAACUUUGCCUUCUCGCCUGACCGGCGUCAUGUUGCGAUUGCCAUUGAGGAUGGAACACUAAAGUUGAUGGACUACUUGGAACAACGGUUGUUAGACGUCUUUCCAAGCUACUAUGGGGGUCUUCUCUGCGUGUGCUGGUCCCCGGACGGCAAAUACAUCGUGACGGGCGGGCAAGACGACCUGGUAUCGAUCUGGUCCUUCCACGAGCGGAACCUGGUGGCGCGGUGCCACGGGCACAACUCGUGGGUGUCGUGCGUGGCGUUCGACCCGUGGCGCUGCGACGAGGGCACGUACCGGUUCGGCAGCGUCGGGGACGACUGCCGGCUGCUGCUGUGGGACUUCAGCAGCGCGAUGCUGCAUCGGCCCAAGGCGGCGCAGGGCACGACGCGGCAGCACCGCAACAACAGCAUCGUGGCGGGGCUGGCGCAGGCGGUCCGCGGCCGGAAGACGGACCGCUCGUGGACGGGACGCCUGCGUUCGGACUCGUCGCGCACGGAGAAGACAGCGGCGGAGCGAGAGGAUGGCCCGGCGGUGUUCCACGCGGUCGACCCCAAAGCCACGACGGCCCAGCUGCCGCCCAUCCUGUCCAAGGUCAUCGGCGACGACCCGAUCACCUGGAUCGGGUUCCUGGAGGACAGCAUCAUGACCUCAUCGCUGGAAGGGCACAUCCGGACGUGGGACCGGCCGCAGGAGCGCGACAGCGACCGCGCGGGCUCGUCGGGCUCCGGCGCGCCGAAUCAGGCAGGCGGAGGCGGGUAG